AGGAGGCCUGUGUCAUUUAUCUGUCUUGUUACAUCGGCAUGGGCUGUGUUUCUCAAGCCAUUUAAUCACGUGCUCCUAUGCUGCUCGUCUCGAGAGAACAGAGCGGAUCUGAGCACAGAUAACGUUCCGGUGCAUAUUUCUGAGCGAGAGGCAGGAUUGGAGGCGUGGCCGUUUAUUUGUCGUUUUGUGAUAUGAACUAGUUGGAAUGGUGUUUUGGAGGCUUGCUUUUGCGGCCUAUAAAUCCCACUGCAACACAGAAAAUGUUGCAUCUUAUUUGCUGUCAUGCACAAUUUAUAACCAAAUAGGGAGACUCCAGGCUCCCUUAAGCUGUGUUCUGUGGCCAGUGUUAAGUAGGGCAUGGCAAUGCCAUGUUUUGUGUUUUGCAGGGAUAACUUUUUUCAAGAAAUGAGUGAUGGGAAUGAGGAAAGCAGAGUAACACAUCCUCAGGAUAUGUAAACAAAUGGGGUGAUCCCUAGAUUUUGACACUUCCUCAAAGUUGGUGGAGGGAGUGGGGGUAGGGUAGAGGAGAGGCUGGAUCCCCUCAACUGAAUCAGUAACUACUCCCAUGGUCUGCAUGCAUAGCUCAUCUUUUAUAACAUUAGGUCCCUGCAUUGAUUAACACACAUGAAGCCAGAGGAUUCAUUCCUCCUGGUUCCCAAGCUUCUGUGGCAUUUAGCAUCUUCUGUGGCAUUUUGUUAGCAUUUAAAAGAAGUUAAGUAGAUAGGGCUGCCAAAAAGAUUUGCUUAUUUUCAUUUUCCAGGAAAUAAAAAAUGUGUUUAUUUAUCAUAGGAAGCUUUUCUAACCUAAUCAAUAACACAUAAGAUCUUUUCAUUGCUGCCCACUAUCCUUGAAUGUGUAGCUGGGAACUGAAGUGCAGUAAUGCAAACUAUCAAUACACAUACAUUUUUGAUCAGACCCAUGUUAGGGUCAGAGUUUUGCUCAAUUAUUGAAGCAUGCAUUAGAAAACUCCUAGUAAAAAUAAGACUGAGCAAAUCCAGACAGUGUGCUAUAGCUUUCUGUACACUUAACAAAUAAAUGUGUUCAUUGUCCAGACUGUUCCAGCACAUUAUACUGGAAUUUGUCCACUGCAGUGGACAAAGAUGAUGCUGCAUAGCUGAGUAUGUUUUAAUUCCACUCACCACACAUUGAAGUCGUCUGAGGGUACGGGACGCUUUUGGAGGAUCGUCCAGUCAUCAUGGACCGUUUUGAAUGGAGUGACUCGGCGCUUCAGUUUGCUGAGUCGGAACUGUAUCAGCAAAAGAACGUGCAGCUUUACGACGGUGACAACAAGACAGAUUUCGACGGGGGCUUGCUGAGUGUGACAAACCAUCGGCUCCUCUGGCGCCAGUCCAAUGGAUCGUGUUUGGCGCUCCCACUGAAGUACGUUGUGCUGGCGGAGAAGGAGGACCACACCUUCUUCCACAGUGACAAGAUUCAGAUGCAUCUGUCGGCGCCCGCUGCGGACAAGCCCGGGGGUCCGGUGAACAAGAGCAGCCACAACCACGUGAAGUUGUCGUUCCGGUCGGGCGGUAUGCACGAGACGUUCCAGCGGCUGGAUGAAGCGAUGAGGCGACAGGACUGGGUUCGGACGGGCAGCUUCUCGGCCACCACAUCCGGUGACAAGCGCGGCUACCGAGCGGGCAUCGUCGGCAUCGAGAAAAAGCUGGUGGCGGAGCAGCAGCAGCAAAGCCAGAACAUUACGGACGCCUUCCGCGACCUCACGAAGCUGAUGGAGGCGGCGCGCGAGAUGGUGUCUCUUUCGCGCCAGAUCUCCGCCAAGAUCACAGAGCGACAGGGGGGCAUCAGCGAGGACGAGACAGUCCGCUUCCAGUCUCAGCUGCUCAGCCUGGGCGUCGAUGACCCGGUGACACGUGGCACGCACGGCAGCGGCGACCGCUACCACGUCGAGCUGGCGCGCCAGCUGGCCACUACGCUGGAAGCGCCCGUGCGCGCCGCAGGCGGCAUGAUGACGCUCACCGACGCCUACUGUCGCGUCAACCGCGCGCGCGGUCUCGAGCUCAUCUCGCCCGACGACCUGCUGGCGGCCGGCCAGCAGAUGGCGCCGCUGGCGCUGCCGCUGCGCCUGCACGAGCUGCCGUCGGGCGUGCGGCUGCUGCAGCUGGCGGAGCUGGACCAGGACGCCGUGGCCGAGGCCACGCGCCGCCGCCUCGCCGAGGAGGGCUCGCUGACUGCGCAGCGGCUCGCCACGCUCGAGGGCGUGUCCGUGCUGCUGGCCAAGCAGCGCCUGCUUUUCCUGGAGACCAAGGCCGGUGCCUGCCGCGACGAGUCAAUCCAGGGGCUCGUCUUCUACCCCAACCGCUUCCUCGAGGAGCCCGAGGCUGGUUAGGGGUGGCGUGCGCGAGGCGAUCGCCAGCGAAGGUCCCUCUCAGAUGGACGGGGUUAGAUACGAUUGGUUCUCGUGUGUGCUGAGGUCUGCUUUCUUUACUGGUGCUGAACCUGAGUUCACAAGAAUGAGGGGUGUUAGUGUGAUGUGUGUAUUGUCUGUUAUUGUGCUUUGCGUAUGUAGCUACCGAUUGCGACUGCGAUAGCACUGCAUUGCGGUGACUGUCCGCUUUUUCCUACUUGAGUCAAUAAUUUCUCGUGAAUUAACAUGCUCCCAUGCUUAUUAUACUUUUUGUGCUGGUGCAAGCAGAUGAAAUCACUGGGUGGCCUCGAUGGCAGAUGAAUGCCCGGAUAUAUCUGUACAUAUUGGCUGGAAUGAUUGACAGUAUUCCUUGUUGAUGACAAAGCUACUGACUGGAGACAAUGCGUUCGUACUUCAUGGCGAUCGGAGUGGCAAUACUGUCCCUCGUCCUUGUUCGCUGCAUUGCAUCGCCACUUGAGUGAUAUGGUGAGGCCGAGGGGAAGCAGACGUCGUGCUUUGCUGAUCGUCGCCGAAGCACUCAAAUAUAAAGUC